GUUGUCACAAAAGACGUAGAGAUUGCUAAAAUCUGUGUGGGAAGCGCAGAUCCACAUUAUACUACCUUCGAUGGAUGGUAUUACCAUAUAUAUACACCCGGUGACUAUAUAUUUUACCAACAUAGGACUUUACCUAUAAAGAUUCAGUCUCGAGUGGCUAGCUGUAAGAGUGUGGCUUGUAACUGUGGGGUUGCUGUUCAAGUGGGCCAUACACAUUUAAUUGUUGAUCGAUGCAAUGAUGCCGGUAACUACUACGUAACCUAUAAAACAACGCAUGAUGGCCAAAUACAAAAAGAGAUUCGAACACCUAAAAACACUAGAGUAACAACUGCUGAAAUACUUAGGAAUGGAGAAAAAACACCAGGAACAGUUUUGAAGUAUGAAAAUGGGAAAUUCAAGAUUUAUUUACCAACAGGAUCAGUCCUUACUAUAAAACUGUUUUGGAGUCACUUUUUAUCUUUGUAUCUCUCUGCAUCAUCAGAUGAUUUCAACAACAUUGAUGGUUUAUGCGGUAAUUUUGAUAAAGACCCAUCAAAUGAUGGUCAGUAUGGACCAGCUGGUGCAACGACGUACGAUUGCUCUCAACCGGAGGACUGUGAACCGGCAAUUCAUAAUAGUGUACCAUCGAAAAAUUUUUAUGAAAGCUGGAGAGUUGCUGAUGAAGAAAACAUAUUUCUGGGCGUCUUGAACGUUGAUAAAGAAUUCACAAUUAAACGUUAUUGCACUUGUGAUGAAGACAUUAUCAAGUGUGACUACUGUAAUGCAAGAACAGAUAAUGAUCCAAUUCUUAAUUGUGAUGAUAAUAAUCGAAGGAGGAGGGAGAUCGUAGAAGAAGACCCUGAUGACCUUGUUGGAACCUAUGAAUUUACUCAAUCUGAAAAUGAUAAAGAUUUUGAGCCAUACGUUCCGGGAUUUCCCACAGCAAGUGGUUUGACUGAAGAAUAUACAAAGCAACUCUGCAACGAGACUCUCAUGAACUCAACUACAUACAACUUGUGUUUAAAUGCAAUUAACAAUGGUUCAGUGACUGUUGAUGACAUUAUAGAAGGAUGUAUUGUAGACGUCAAGGUAUCUGAUGACGUAUCUUUGGCCAGACAGACAAUAUCAGAUCUUCAACUUCGUUGCGAAGUAGUACUCACAAAGAACCCCAUGUAUUGGGAAGAGUCAGAUAACGGUACAAUGGUGCCACCUACGGCUCUAUUGGGACAGCUGUGUGUGAAUGAGUGUAAUGACAAAGGUGAAUGCGUAAACGGUACAUGUGAAUGCAACGAAGGAUUGGGAGGAAGCGAUUGUUCUAUCUCACUGGCUGAACCACCAUUAGUGUUUUCUGUUCUUGGCGAUGGAAUUUGUGAUGUUCGUACUAGACCAUGUAAAUCAGCAAAGAUUUAUGGAGAAAACUUUGUGGAAACAGGGAACGUCACAUGUCAUAUUCAGAACAUUAAU